UAUUCUUAAAUUUUUUGUAAUGCUUGUGUCUUUAUCCUCCAUUUCUAAAAUAGACGCACUUUGCCUUAUUUAAUGUAUUCAUCGAAUUAAGAUUUUCUAUUUUAUUAGAAAAUGACGCAGUUUCUGCCACCAAAUUUGCUGGCCCUAUUUAAGCCAAGAGAUCCAAUUCCUUAUUUACCUCCUGUGGACAAAUUGCCGUAUGAGAAACGAACUUCUGGAUAUACAGGUCUUGCUGAUUUCGUCCAACACUUUGAGGAUCCUGCUACAACGCCUGCUCCUGUAAAAAUAAAAACAAGAGAAGAGCGUCGAGCAGAAAAGCGUCAACAAAAAGCAGAAGCUACCGCAUAUAAAUUAGAACAAGAUAUUGCAUUAUGGAAUCCACAGAGAAACCCUAAUUCUACAACUGAUCCAUAUAAAACACUAUUUGUGGCACGAAUUAAUUAUGAUACUUCUGAAGCAAAAUUGAGAAGAGAAUUUGAAAUUUAUGGACCUAUCAAAAAGAUAGUAAUGGUUCAUGACUUGAGUCGAAAACCAAGGGGGUAUGCAUUUAUUGAAUAUGAACGAGAGCGUGACAUGCAUUCUGCCUACAAGCAUGCAGACGGCAAAAAAAUUGAAGGAAAAAGAGUUUUAGUUGAUGUUGAGAAAGGCAGAACAGUAAAGGGAUGGCUGCCUCGAAGACUUGGAGGUGGUCUGGGAGGUACUAGACGAGGUGGGCCAGAUGUUAAUUUGAAGCAUUCUGGGCGUGAAGAAAACCGAUCUGAUGAUAGAUACAUCGAUCGAGACAGAGACCGUUUGGAAAGACCCGAAAGAAGACGUACUAGGAGUAGAAGUAGAGAGCGAAGACGCAAGAGUCGCAGCAGAAGCCGAGAUCGUCACCGUAGUGACCGCCAUAAAAGGGAGAGAUCACGGGAUCGCGACAGAGGCCGUGAUCUCGCCCUGGGUGCAGGACCAGGUGAUGUUAACAUGGAUGGACCUGGAGAUGUCAUUCCUGAUGGGGAACCACCUCGUAAGGAACGCCGCAGAAGUCGCAGUCGAGACAGGGACCGCAAAAGACGACGCAGCCGUAGCCGUGAUCGCAAACGACAUGAUCGCGACAGGGACCGAGAUAGGGAUCGUAGGGAUAGAGAGAGUAGGCGAGAACGUGGGGUCGUCGAACAACAUGAAGAAAGGAUCAAGGAAGAACCAGUGGAACCACCAGAACCUGUUCAAGAUAACUUUAAUAGUACUGGCUAUGAGGGGGAAUAUAAUUAUAAUAAUGGUGAGCCUAAUGCUUAUGAGGGUUAUUAGUUUUAUGAACUUAAAAUUAGGAUUAAAAACAUUCAAGUUAAUGUCAAGAAAGGUAACAAAAAGCUUUUAGUUUAUUUUUAACUGUAAAAUAUUGUCUCUGUACUGUGGAAUCAUUUGCCAUCUUAUGUAAUUACUGACUACAUCUUGAUUAAAGAACUUCAUCAUUC